UGUUUGCUUCCGUCGUCUUCUUCCUUUCUUCUUCAUUUUCAGAGUCUAUGCUUUUGAUCCUUUUUGUUUGUCUAAUAAUAAAAAAAAAAAACGCAAGUGAGUAUAUAAUUUUGAAGCUGAAUCUGGCAACACUAAUUAAAUUGAAGCAUCAGAAGGAUUUAGUGUGGUAGGUUGCUUUUGCAUAUGCGUUUGGAGUGUCAAAUCGGAAGUAUUUUGUACCAAAUUGACGAAAAUGGAACAACAAAGCAAAAUCGGUGGUUUAAGUUUGAGUAAUCGAGGUGUUGCGAACAAGGACAGGAUCAGUGAGUUGCCUGAAGCUUUGCUUCUGCAGAUAUUGUCUUUACUUCCAACAAUAUAUGCCAUAACCACGAGUGUUUUGUCUAAAAGAUGGAAAUCUCUUUGGAAGUUGUUGCCAAAUCUCAAGUUUGAUUCUGGUCAUCAUUACUAUACAUUUUCAGAGGAUGUUUGCAGAUCUUUGAUUUCACACAAAGCUCCGUUUCUAGAGAGUUUGCAUUUGGAAGUUGGAUAUGAAUGUGAUGAUUUGGAGAUGGGAUCAUUGCUUGGAAUUGCAUUUGCACGCCAUGUGCGUAAAUUGGUACUGGAUUUUGUCCUUGAAGAGAGAGGCUCAGUAAAAUUCCCUGCUGUUUUGUGUAGUUGUAAUAAUACACUCGAAAUAUUGGAACUCAAGGGUUCAAUUCUUUUAGACCUUCCUUCUGGGGUUUGUUUCAAGUCCCUGAGAAAGAUGUACCUUUACCAUGUAAGGUUCAGAGACGAAGAAUCUGUUCUCCACCUGUUAUGUGACUGUCCUAGGCUUGAAGAUUUGAUCGUGUAUAGAUUUAGCAGAGCCGAUGUGGCGAAUUUCGUUAUUGCAGUGCCAUCAUUACAGAGACUAACCAUUGAAGAUGAUAACUAUGGGGAACGUGUUGGAGGCUAUUUGAUAAAUGCUCCUUCUUUGAAAUACUUGAACAUCAAUGGGUUCUAUGGGCUUGGAUUUUGUCUGAUUAAGAAUGCGCCAGAGCUGGUGGAGGCAAUAAUCACCAACGUUUUUGAUAUAAAGAAUGAGAAUAUUUUGGAAACUCUAACUCCAGCCAAACGUCUUUCCUUAGCCUUAUCACCCUUACAUAUUAAGUAUCCUACUGGUAAAGUAUUCUAUCAGCUUCUAUCUUUGGAGCUGUAUACAACCGAAGAAGAGUGGUGUAAUCUUCUUUCACUCAUGCUCGAUAGUUCUCCUAAAUUGCAAAUCCUCAAGCUCAGAGAUCCAUAUUACUCUCCUAACAAAGAUUGUCCGAGCGGCUGGGAAUGGAAUCAACCGAAAUGUGCACCUGAAUGUUUGUUGUUCCAUCUUGAGACAUUCGAGUGGAAAGGAUACAGAUGGCAACUAGAAGAUGAGAAAGAAGUGGCUACAUACAUUUUAAAGAACGCAAGACGCCUGAAGAAAGCUACUCUCUCCACAAAACCAAUCAAAUCUAAAGAGCUCGAGAUGUUGGAAAAGAGACGUGAGAUGCUUAACGAGUUGGCUAAUGUGGUUAGGGCUUCAAGUUCAUGUCACCUCGUGUGUGAAGCUGAUACGUACUCUUCUAAGUAUUAGAGAUAUUUUCCUGUUUAAUUAGGAUUUCUAAUUUGGAGAUUUUUAUGUAAGUGUUUAGAAGAGAUGAUGAAUGGAAAAGCCAAUUACUACAUAUAGUCAAUGGUUUUGUCAGAGUUCAGGAAGCAGUUCAGCAACACCGGGGAAUUUAUUUAAGA